GUGCUGCUAAGUGUGCUGCACCUGUGUGCCUCACCUGCAAUCAGACCUUCUCUAACAGGGAUGCACUCACCCUGCAUAUGAGGUUGCACCUCCUGCCACCCACCACCACCAACACCACCACUACAACAUUUCCUCAUCCACAACGAUGCGGUUAAUACUUGGGGAGUUGGGUGAGGCGGGUGGCGGGGCGCCACUUGCUGACGGGGGCGCCGCAUACUCUCGGAGGGGACCUCCUACAUCAACCAGUGGUGGGGAAAAUGUGACUCCAGCAGUGGCUCCUGACCUAGACAUCUUGGAGUAUUGCCUGAAUGAUGCCGUGGGAGACCAGCUCCCUGGUGAGCCAAGAUCGCCGCGCCUUAAUACUUCCCGUGGACCUGGGAGCAGUACUGGGGGUGAUCAGCCUGUGGUGACAGGAUCUUUACUGUACCAAUGUCGGCCCUAUGCAUGUAGAUUUUGUUCUAAACGGUUUAAGAGGAAGGAUCAUCUAGUUGAACAUGAACGUACACACACUGGUGAGCGACCAUAUGUUUGCUCUGUCUGUGGAAAAAGUUUUGCUAAGAAGACCAAUCUGAACACACACACUCGCAGUCAUCAUCAACAGCAACAGCAGUACUGCCACCACCUUCAUGCCUCCUAGACUGCUUUUCAAAAUCUCUAGCAACAUUUUUCAGUGCUUAAAUUUUGCACAGUAUAAGUUUGGUAAUGUGUUAAUUUUAUUCAUUUCCAUUGCCUUAUUUAUCAUAUGUAUAUCUGUAAGACUGUUGAUAUAAUGUUAUUCUUGCUUAUUUUUUGUGGUUGAAAUCAGACAUUUCUCCUUCAUAUUUUGUACUUAAUUUAAUGAAUUCAGUAGUGUAAUAAAAGUGUUGAAUAUA